AUGUCCAUUAUCUUCUUUGCUAUUGCGAUUGGAGAUCACAAAAUCUGCUUGCCCCCUACUCAUGUCCAUAAAAAGUCAAGGAUCGGCUACAAAGCCGGCUUUGAACAUGAUGCGGCCAACGAUGCCCAUACGUCCUCCACAAAGCAUGCCGACCAAGAGAAAGAGAGAGACAAUCCUUAUGACAUUUCGAUGGAUGAUGAUCAGCAUUGGUCACACACGGAGCCGCGAAUUGGAGAGCCGUUUAUUGAAGAUAGCCCUCCAGUCGAGUCACACGGGAUUGAUGUCAUGACUCUGGACAUGCAGACUCUUGUCGGGAAGAUACAGGAGCUUAGUCGUAUCGGGAUCGAAGACAACAAGAUUGCACUGCCAAAAAUCUGCGUGGUUGGUGACCAGAGUACUGGAAAGAGUUCCCUCAUCGAGGGGAUCUCUGAGAUUCAGGUGCCUCGAAGUGCGGGAACUUGCACUCGUUGUCCCAUGGAGAUUAAUCUCUCGGAAAGCAAGCCGGGCGAGCCAUGGAAGUGCAUCGUGUAUCUUUCCCGCCGAUAUUUGUACGAAGAAUCGAGAACAUCGCGGGCCCAGAAACGAAUCCAGUCUCUCGGUCCUUGGAUUCCACGUGCUGGUCGGGAUGAGGAGAUCUUCAUCACACUGUACGACAGAUCCGAGGUGCAAGAAGCCAUUAAGUGGGCGCAGAUUGCCAUCUUGAAUCCAAAAAAACCUUCGAAUAUCUACAAGCCUGGAAGGAACCAAGGUGUUGAGGAAAAUACAGAUGUCAAAUUCUCGCCGAAUGUUGUUCGGCUGGACAUCUCUGGACCCAAAUUUCCAGCCUUGUCAUUCUAUGACCUUCCUGGGGUAAUCAGCCAGCCCGAACAUGACAAUGAGAAGUAUCUCGUUUCACUCGUCGAGAAUUUGGUCAAGUUCUACGUGUCUCAAGAGAAUUGCAUCAUUCUUCUCACUCUGACGAUGACGGAUGACGCGACCAAUUCCUGUGCCGCCAGGUUAAUUCGUGACAUCAAGACUGCCAAAGAACGUACUCUGGGUGUGCUUACAAAACCAGACCGUGCUUCGCAGGUGGAAUCUUUUGAACAGUGGAGAGAGAUACUUGCCGGUCAAAAGUUCAAGCUUGGGCAUGGGUACUUUGUGGUACGAAACAACCCAGACCCCAACGUGGAUCAUGCGCAAGCCCGCAGAGAAGAGGAGGAUUUCUUUCGCAAAUCAUGCUGGCUGGGGCGCAUGUCUGAGUUUGAACAUCGCUUUGGGGUUCGGAGACUUCAGGAGGCACUGAAAGAAAUCUUGAUGAACCAAAUUCGGAGAUGCCUGCCGUCCAUUAUCUCACAAAUCAACGAGAAAGCGGACCGUGUCAACGAGGAGCUCAAGAAACUUCCCAGUCCACCUACCGAGAACAGCCAAUACACCGUCUGGGACACGGUUUCGGUCCUCAAAACCAAGCUGAAUCAAACUUUGACUGGCAGCUCCGAAAAUGAGGCCACCCGCAAGAUGUUCCUAAGAUAUUGGAAUCGGCUUGGCAUGGACUUUCAAACUGCGUUGAGGGUCACCAGACCGACUGUCGUCGGAGUCCUCUCGUCAGACCUGGACACGAAAGGCCUUCAAGAUGCAUCUGGAAGCUCACCGCAGGCCAAUCGAUUGAAGCGCAAACACGAAAGCGAUUUGACGCCUCCUGAAUCCCCGACGACUCCUCAGGCACCCACGAAACUGUAUUUGAUCGACGGAGUUUUCGACAAGUAUACGGAGGCAGUCCGCAAGUUCCAUCCUCGUGAGAUUCGAGGGUUUAGAGAGGAAUCCGGCUCAGCUGGCAUCCCGAAUCAUGUUGACCCUACCGUGAUUGAGUCUUUGAAUAGAGCAUCCAUCAAGCACUGGUGUGAGCUUGCAAGCGUCUUUGUGGCCGCGACUUGCUCGAUCGUCAUAAGGAUACUUACUAAAUGUCUCGACGCGGUCAUUGCCCAGUAUCACCAAACGGGUCUCUACCGCGAACUGAGCCGUGUAAUCAACGAAUUUGUCAACGAGUGCCAGACUGAAUUUCUGAGCUAUGUCAGGGCGCAAUUUCAAAUCGAGUAUGAUAAGCCGUUUACGAUGGCUCAGGCUCGACACAAGAUUGCUUCGAAGAACGCUCUGCAGUCUUUGAUCUCCGGACGCAAUCGAGCACGAGCGCGUGGCAUUCUCCGUAGAGCUGGUGGUGACGUCGACGAUGAGUCUAAGAUUGCCAAGAUCAUCAAAGACCUUGGUCCGGAUGAGUUUGUGCAAGAGAUCGAAAUGAUGGCGGACUCACAUGGAUACUACGAGAUUGCAAGCUCGCGGUUUUUGGAUGUGAUUUGCCAGUCAGCGCACACUAAGAUCAUCGGCAAGUGUCGGGCGCAAUUGGUUGAGGUCAUCAAUUGCGAAUUGAAAAUCAAGUCUCCCGAUAACUGCAGAAGUCUCAUGGCCGAGGAUCCUGAGCGAGAGCGACGGCGCGGAGAGUUGGUUCGGGAGCGAGAAAAGUUGAGUAGAGCGCAGGAUUGGAUCCAGUCAAUUCAGCCUACCGAUGAUGACGUGUCCGACAGCUAUCCCAUGAUGGAAGAGUGGGCAAAUGAAGAGAUUCUCAAUACUCCGCCAUAA